UAGUUGGAUGGGUAUUGAUGUCGCACUGUGAGUCUUUCGUAUCAAACACACCAAACUCUCACUUUGAUCCAUAUAUUUUUCUCUCCAUAUCAUCAUAUUCAUAUCUUUGUCCCUAACUCCAGCAUACCCUUUUGGCCGGAGAUGAGUAAUAGUAAUUGGGUGUUGGAUUAUGAUUAUCUAGACAACAUUCCUCUCACCACCCUUGAACCACCUAAUUUCUCUUGGUCUUCCUCCUCUCCUCCUCCUACACUCAGUGUGGAGCUAGAUGACUCAUUUGGAAUUUUGGAUGGUCUCAAGGAAAACAGGUCAAGAAAACGUUUGAGGCCAUCUGAUUCUAAAGCAUGUAGAGAGAAAAUGCGAAGGGAUCGACUUAAUGACAGGUUUAUGGAACUGGGGUCUAUCUUGGACCCUAGAAAGCCUCUCAAAAUGGACAAGGCUGUUAUAUUAAGUGAUGCAGUUCGAGUUGUUUCUCAGUUACGAGAGGAAGCUCAAAAGCUGAGGGAGUCCACUGAGAAUCUACAAGAGAAAAUCAAUGCAUUGAAGGAUGAGAAAAAUGAGCUUCGCGAUGAGAAGCAGCGACUAAAAGUAGAGAAAGAAAACCUUGAGCAGAAGGUUAAAGCUUUGAGUUCACAACCUAGCUUUCUGGCUGCAGCAGGACAAGUUGUUGGCAGCAAGCUGGUGCCAUUCAUGGGCUACCCAGGAGUUGCCAUGUGGCAGUUUUUAUCACCUGCUGCUGUUGAUACCUCUCAGGACCAUGUUCUCAGGCCCCCAGUAGCAUAACUUGCCAAAGGCUCUGUGUUUUGGUCCAAUGGAGAAAGAGAAUUUAUCUUUUUAUUUUUUGCUUUUGUGAAAUGUGAAAAAAGAAAUCUUAUUGUUGAGGCAGCUUUUUGAUAACUAUUUAACUUCCGGUUAUAGGCUAAGUUUGAAUAAACUUCUUUAUAGGCUCUAAUAUAAAAGUUCUAUCAUCUAAAUUGUCUAUAAGUAGAAGUGCAUGAGUUAGAUUUUAACUUGUGAAAUAAAUUUAAUUUAUUCUACUUU